AUGAUGCUGUCGGAUACGUGCUUCUCUGGGACGCUGGCGUUGAAGUUGGGCACCGACCUGCCUGAACUGUUCGAGGAAGAUGAGGUGAUUCGGACUAUUGGGAUCGGCGUCGUUCCAGUGUUCUGGACUAGCCCUGAACGGCCGCCAUGGGGAUCUGGACUGCCUUUCGACGACAGCGAGAAAGGGCGGGCAAGGAAUAUCAGAGUACUCAAAGAGACGUGGAACAGCGCCGCUGAAGAUCGUGCGAGAUGGGUCUUGGGGAUGAUGGGAUGUCCUAAGGCUGUUGAGUGUCUUUACGGUGGGCUCGCAACGAGCAUGGAACAUCCGUUCUGGGACGCAUCAACCAUCUGCCACGAUUCAGUGCUACAGAUGUGUCUUCCAAGCCUCGAAUUUCCAUCAUCAGACUGGCCACGGAAAAUCAAGUUCGCGGGGACACUCCCGAUCAAACCGAUCCCGUCUAACCUCACAUAUCCGACGUGGUUCAACGACAUCGUUUCAAACAGCUCAUCCCUCCAGGCAACGAAUCUCACCCGCAAGAAGAUUGUCUUUGUGGCGCAGGGAACCGAAGUCCUUGACCACAAAGAACUCAUCAUCCCAACAAUGAAGGCCUUGGCUACACGUCACGAUAUUCUAGUUGUCGCUUGUCUCUGCGUUGCCGGAGCAACUCUCGACAUCAGCCCUUUCGAGCACGCUGAAUUGCCCGUAAAUGCUCGGGUCGUGGAUUACUUCCCGUACGACGCGAUCCUGGCGCACGCGGACGUCUUUGUGUCGAAUAGCGGGUACGGAGGGUUCCAGCAUGCGGUUUCGAAUGGCGUACCCAUGGUACAGGCGGGGAACACGUUUGAUAAGCCAGAUAUCGGAAGAAGAAUCGAGUGGUCUGGCUUGGGGGUGUUUCUGGAAGAGUCACCUCCAUCUGUGAAGGCCGUUGAGCAGGCAGUAGCAGAGGUUCUGGGUGAUGAGAAGUAUAAGAGGCGAGCAGAGGAGCUCAUGAAGGAAGCGGGCUCGUACGAUCCAUUGCGAAUGGUUGAAGAAGAGAUUAUGCUUCUGUCUCAGUCAGCGGCGUCUUCGUCGGAUUAA